AUUUGAUCAGCGCGGAGAAUCGUCUGGAUUUUAAAUCAAAAUGACAAAGAGGGUGGCAUUGAAAUGGUGGAGGCAUUAUUUGCUCUUCUUUUUUCUCUUUCUUCUUUUGUGGAAUACGACAGAAGGACAGACUCGGUACUCAAUUCCAGAGGAAUUAAAUGUGGGCGCUGUUGUUGGAAACAUCGCAAAAGAUUUAGGUUUGAAAAUAUCUGAGCUGUAUGACCGUAAACUGCGAAUAGCUUCUGAAAAGGGUAAACAGUAUUUCAGUCUGGAUUUAAGCAGAGGAGAGAUUGUGGUCAACGAGAGAAUCGACAGAGAGACCAUUUGUGGAGAAAACGCAAAUUGUCUGUUGCCUCUUCAAAUCGUUAUUGAGGAUCCUUUACAACUUUAUAGAGUGGAAGUCGACAUACAGGAUAUUAAUGACAAUUAUCCGCAUUUUCAGUCGUCGGACCGUGUUUUAAAGAUAGCAGAAUCCACUGUUCCUGGCAUGCGCUUUCCUUUGGAGAGCGCAGUAGACCUUGAUGUGGGCAGUAACUCUUUAAAAACGUACACACUGAGUAAAGACGAAUGUUUCAGUUUAAAAAUAAAAGAUCUUGGCGAUGGCCGAAAGAUACCCGAAUUAGUAUUGGAGAAACCUCUGGACCGUGAAAAGAAACCGAUGCAUCUGUUGAUGUUGACUGCUUUAGAUGGAGGGAACCCGGUCAGAUCAGGAACGUCACAAAUUAAUGUCACCGUGCUGGAUAACAACGACAACAACCCAGUAUUUGAGAAAAAUGUUUACAAAGUAGCUAUUGCUGAAAACACUAACAAGGGUACAACAUUUCUAAAAGUUGAAGCAAAAGACGUAGACGAAGGUGCAAACGGAGAGAUAAAAUAUUCCUUAGGUGAGCACACGUCUGACACUUUACGCUCGUUGUUUCAAAUCGAUGAGAAAACUGGGGACAUUUUUCUAAACGGGGAAUUGGAUUAUGAAACCACUCCCAUGUACAACAUUGAGGUACGUGCCAGAGACAAAGGUGUCCCCGAAAUGGAGGGCCAUUGUACGGUUAAAAUAGAAGUGUCAGAUAUUAACGAUAAUCCACCACAGAUACUGCUUACAUCUAAACCAAACCCUGUGCGCGAGGACGCGCCAAGCGGGACAGUUGUAGCGUUAAUAAGCGCAAGAGACACGGACUCUGGAGACAAUGGAAAAGUCAGAUUGCAUACACAGUCUGACCUUCCAUUCAUUUUAAAAAGAUCUUUUUCGAAUGAAUAUUCGUUGGUUACAAAUGGUAAUUUAGACCGUGAAGGGUAUCCAGAGUAUAACGUGGAAAUCACUGCUUUUGACUCAGGCUCACUAUCUUUAAGUAGCAAAACAAUAAUUCCUGUUAAAAUUCUUGAUGUUAAUGACAACGCCCCGAAGUUCUCUGAUAACGUGUAUUAUGUAUACGUAACUGAGAAUAACACUCCAGGUUCUAUUAUCUGUUCAGUGUCCGCCAAAGACAUUGAUGUCGGCGUAAAUGGUAAAAUAUCAUACUCUAUUGAGAACCCCAAAGGCUGGGAUACCCCAGUCUCGUCGUAUAUGUACAUAAACUCUGACAAUGGAAGCAUAUUUAGCAUGCAUUCGUUUGACUUCGAAAAAAUCAAAGUGUUUGAAGUCAUCGUUCAGGCUAAAGAUCAUGGAUCUCCAUUUCUAGGCAGCAACGCAACAGUGUAUGUGUUUAUUUUGGAUCAGAACGACAAUGUACCGUUUGUCAUUUACCCGUCCACAUCCAUGGGCUCUGUUUCUCAUCAGAGGAUGCCCCAUUCUGCUAAAGCAGGGCAUCUCGUAACUAAGGUAACAGCAGUGGACGCGGACUCGGGUCAUAACGCCUGGCUGUUUUACAGGCUCGCGGAGGCCACGGACGCGUCUCUUUUCAGUGUGAAUUUACAUACGGGAGAAGUGAGGACUAAACGCGCUGUUUCAGAGCACGAUGACUCCUCUCAGAGACUGGUCAUAGAGAUAAAGGAUAAUGGAGAUCCGGAGCUGUCCACUACGGUUACGCUGGAUAUACUAAUAGAGGACGGGUUUCAUGAGCCAGUUUCAGAUUACUAUAAGAAAAAUGUAGAGCCAAGCAAAAAAAGUGGAAAAAUAACUUUAUAUCUCAUCAUCUCUUUAGCCGCCGUGUCUUUGCUGUCUUUGGUGACGUUUUUCAUCUUACUGGUGAAAUGUGCGCGUGGCAGUAGAGGCGGCUCAAGCUGCUGUAUCAGGAGGACAAAUUCUGAUUACAAAAACCCCAACAGAAACCUGCAGAUCCAGCUCAACACUGACGGGCCCAUUAAGUAUGUGGAGGUUCUGGGAGGAGAUAUGAUGUCUCAGAGCCAGUCUUUUGGCUCUUAUCUCUCUCCAAUGUCCGAAUUCAGUGAUCUCACUCUCAUUAAGCCCAGCAGCACCACAAACUUUACAGACACGCUAAACACGCUUGAUGCGUCAUUACCAGACAGCGCGUGGACGUUCGAGAGCCAACAGCAAAAGCCACCUAAUACUGACUGGCGAUUUCCCCCAAACCAGAGGCCUGGACCCAGCGGGGCUGGAGCACGUCCUGAAGAGGCAGGUGCCGGUGCUGGUGUGAUAGCAGGAACAGGACCAUGGCCCAACCCCCCUACUGAGGCUGAACAGCUCCAGGCUAUGAUGGCAGCAGCAAACGCAAGUGAAGCCACUGCGACUCUUGGCCCUCGCUACAAUCUACAGUAUGGCCCGGAUUACCGUCAGAACGUCUACAUCCCAGGCAGCACUGCCACCCUUACAGCCAACCCUCAGCAACAGGUUCUCCAGCAGGCCCUUCCUCCACCACAGGCCCUUCCACCUACCGAAGUCCCCAAAGCGGCUCAAACACCAGCCAGUAAGAAGAAACCCACAAAGAAAGACAAGAAGUAAGACCUGUGGAAGAGCUGAAGAAACAUGUUGCCGGGAAUCUAAACAUCUAUCCUCUCAAACCAUGUUGGGUUUGGAUGAAGAUUUAAAAAGAAAAAAGUGAAUAGUAUUACUUGUUUUAGCGUUAACAUGAGACAAUAAGCAACCAAACAAGAGGAAAUGUGUUCAGAUUCCCGAAGCCCUUUCUCUGACAGAUAUCUCUGUCUUGUAAAUAGCAUACUAAAACAAGAAGAAACACAUUUCUUCUUUUUAUUUUUUCCCUCAAAUGUCACGUUUUAGGCUUUUUGUGUUCUUUUCAAAGCAAAGUAGAUGCUUAUUGUGGAUACAAAAUGAAACGCUGUUAGGCUUUUUAACAUGAUGUGCCACAACUCUCACCUUAACUGAAGAAAGGAGUAUUUAGCUGAACUAUGCAUUGCAAAGGAGAUACAAAAGGUGAACGUAUAUAUAAAGUGUUUUCCAGGUGAGAUAAUACAUGUAUAUUUGCGUAAAAAAAUCUGACGGUGAGACACUGGAUUGUCGGCAUGGUGUUUAAAAAUAGAUUCAGUCUUCUCAUUAACUUCUUAAUAGCCAGUUAAGCAGAGCUGAAUGUUAGGUUAAUGACGUUUGACUAUUCUUUGUUAUUAUUUCCUGUUGGCGUGCUAAAGAAUCCUCUGGAAAUGAAGUAAUGUAAACAGUGUUUUUUUGAUGCUGAGAAAAGAUAAUCACAGCCUUUGUAAGGUCAAUGAUUUGGGUCAAAGGAAGAAGAUCUAAAGAAGGAAACAGCAGAAAUGUGCUUGAAUGGAUCUUAGAUGGAAGGAUUUCAUGUCUGUUCAUCUGCACCUACCACCACUAUCGUGUAUAUAAAAUGUGUAACCUGUCUGUACAAACAUUAGAGCCACAAGGGCUGGCUGUUACAGGAAUGUUUCAGUAUUUUUUACAAAAAAAAAAACAACAAAAAAAGACACAAGAAAAAAAAAAGAUCCAGUGUAGUGUUUUAGGAAUAAAAGCUUCAAGUCCAUUGACUAACCAAACUGUACAUACUACGAAACUUCUGAUGACACGCAAUCGUAGCUUAAGGCUUGUGGAGUAUGUGCAUAUUUUUGUGUUUUCCCCCUCUUGAUUACACUUUACUUUCCUCUUCUCCAAUCACCUAAACCUUUGAAAGAUAACAGACAAUACUUAUACUGUCUUUGCUAUAGAGUAACACCCUUUCCCAUCUUACUGUACUUUUCUGUGCUUGUAAUUCCAAUCAGUCCUUAAUGAUACUGGAAUGCCACUCCUGUCUGUUUGACUUUGAAUAUCUAUCUAUCUAUCUAUAUAUAUAAAUGUCUGUCUGCUGCUUGGCUACUUUUUCUGUAUUUGACUGUGAUUCCUUUAAAGAAACGCUUAGCACCUCAUGUUACUCUUUUUAUUUUAUAAUCUACUAUUUAUAUCGCUGUUUGAUUUAUGUUUUACUUUAUUAUUGGAACACUUACAUUUGAAAUAAAAUUUUGUCAGAACUC